AAGGAAGCGCACUCGUAGCCUAGUGACGCGUCGUUACCAUGGACGCUACAUACCGCUUUCAGUGAUAAUAAGAAAAAAAAUAUAACAUCAAAUUGGAACCAUGGAUUACCGUUUCCGCUGGGUGCGGGAUCACCUGUGCCGGUUUCUCGGUGUAAGAGAGCCACGUUAUAUCGAGACCGUGUUAAGCGAGUUUGUCGAUGAGAUCAGUGCGUUCUUCGAUGAAAAUAUCACGGACCAGCGGAACGACCAUCGGCGGGUUUUCUUCGCCUAUCGUACCUUUUACGACAGAUUAGUAGAGAAAGCGGUGGUGGCCAUGGAACCAGCGUCGGCCGCGGCUAAUGUGGAGCCGGAACUCGUUCAGAAGGAGAAAAAAGGAAGAAAAACUAAAGGCCUUGCUGACGAUUCGGAUGAUGUUGGAAAGAAGAAAGCCAAACCGAAGAAAACAAGAAAAGGCGAUGCUGACCAAGAUCAUGGUCCGGAAACUGCCCUCGGAGCGGGUGCUUCCAGCGAUAAUGAGCUCAUUGAAGUGACGAAAAUGGUAUCGACAUCCGUUAAAACUCCCAUUGUACAUGUAUGCUUCGGUUUCCCGAAAAACCAAAUGAAUCCGGAUAUUUCCUACGUUUACGUGAUUCGCCGCUUCAGUGCUGCCAUCGUAAACUUUGACAACUACGAAGAUUGUCGUGCUGAAAUGCCUCGUAACGUGCUGGUGGGUAGCAUUAAAGGGUCCUUGAUCCACAACGUCAGAGACUUACUGGUGGGGCUAUAUCGGACGGCAGUAGAACUGCAGUUUCGGGAGCCUAACCUCGAACGUCCGAAACCGGAAAAGGAAGAAUCGGAAGAGGAUUUAGUUCGCACGGCAAGUCGAGCCAGUGUCGCUUUGAUCGACUACUCGAAACCGUCCGACUUCCGGAUGAAAGCAAUCCAAGCGCAAAAAGUAGGACAUCGCAUACUGGGGGAUGAUUUGCAAGUCGAAGCGGGAAGUGGUCAAUCGUUGAGCGAAACUCCCAGCAGUGAAUCGAACCUGACCCAGGCGAAGCUCUCGGAAGCGACAGUCGAGAGCGAGCCGCUCGCCAAAGAGACACCCUCAGAGAAGUGGGGUAAUCUGCUGGAAUGCGCUGAAAUGAAAAUCGAAUCUGACCGCAAACAGCAACGGAACGCUCCCGUUAAACAUGGUCCGAUGAAGGAGAAUCUUAUUCAGAGCUUGAACAGUUUCGUCGAAGUGCUCGAUUGGGCGAUAGAUCAUGAGCAGUACAACUUUGGAAUGCCAACGCAGUACAAUGCGCCCGGCCAGGAAUACAUAACGGCCGAUGAAGACAAGUUCAAGAUUAAGGUUGAUAUUAACAAAACUGCGGUCGAAGAACUGACCACCCUGCAGCAGGAGGAAAUCGUCGAGGGCUGGUCGAUCUAUAUUCGUAAGGUUCUGCGUGAAUCAAUGGAACGGGAACCGUUGGAAAACACCCCGAUGGGGGAGUACAACCUAUGGCUGACACGGGAACUCGAGUACAACUCUAUCGUCGAGCAAUUGAAAUCGCCAUUUGUUGUCCAGGUGUUCGAUGCGCUGAAGGACAAUCAAAGCAAUGUAAUGAAGGCGUGGCCGGCACUCUUCAGUGCCCUACAGGAAACCCUUUCGCUUGCCCGGGACAAUGUCGAACAUUUGGCGAUGGUGCAAAAAUAUCUGCUGAAAAUCAAAACCGAAGAGGACUUUAACUUCAUCCUGUCCAUAAUACCGAACGUAACGAUCAUACUGCGGCACAUUUGGACCAUGUCAAACUACUAUAGCAAGGACCAGAACAUGCUGAUUCUGCUCGGGCAGAUAUCGCACGUGUUUGCCGAGAAAGUUAAAAUACUAAUUAAUGUUGAUACCAUUUUCAAACACUCGGCCACUCAUGUUUACCGUUGUGCAACCAGCUGCGCCGAUAUGCUGCGGGCUUGGAAACAUUCGUACAUGGAAACGCGAGCCCUAAUCGAGAAGUCUGGCAUCGGUUCCCGAUGGGAAUUCGACCGAUCUAUAUUAUUUCGCGAUGUGGACCACAUGACGCGAAUUAGUCAGGAUACGGCAAAUGUGGCGAAGGUUUUCAUCGAGUUUGAGAAUAUGUUUGAUCAUAACUUGAAAACUAUGAUCAGCGAUCCAGAAGAGGUUGAUAACAUUUUAACGAAGGUUUAUCGGCUCAUCAAUCACAUCAUUUCGGUGGACUACGACAUCUUUGCGCCGAGCAACCUGGCCAACUGGGAGGCCACCCUGGAGUACUUCUAUAAGGGUGUCGAGCAGGUGGAACACGAGGCUCAGCUCGCCCUGGACCAAUGCAUCGGAGCACUCCGGUCUGCCAACCUGGGUCUUCAGUUGAUCAAGAACCUGGGUCAGAUGGAAACCCGGCCAGCAUUGGCGAACCAUUUGUCAUCCAAAUACGAAAACAUUACGAAACAAUUCCUGGCGGAAGUAGGGAUGGUUGAGCACGAAUUUCUGAAAAACAAAUCUAACCCGCCGUUGCAACGAAACCAGCCUCGCCACGUAGGAGCAGUAUUUUGGGAACGGUCGCUCCUUGCCUUCAUCCGGAAGUCCAUGUCAACUUUUAGAGAGUUUGAAAGUUUACCCCGGAUCACCAUUGGGAAUGAAAGAGGCGGAAAUGAAAAAGCUCUUGUCUCCAUUGAUCCCGUAGUCACCGUCCGAGCAAGAGGAGGAGGCGAAGGCGACGGGCCCGGCUUGACAAAUGGAGAAAGCUUGCAAACUCGGUCAGUUUUCAGUCAGUAUAUGGAGCUGGUGAUGAAAUUCCGGGAGUACGAGCAAGAUAACUUUCAGCAAUUUAUGACCAACGGAACGCGAACCGUAAACAGUGUCCUGAAACGCAACAUCCUGAAGUUGGAGUUUUGCGAGCCGGUUUAUGAAUUGGUGCAGCAAAAACAAACCACUCGAACCAGGCGGGAAGCGGUGAAGAGUGAGUCCCGUAAACCUUCACUGCUCAUGGUUGGUACUGAUCAUAGCAAGUACGCGAACAUCGCAACCGCCGUACGAUGGAUCGUUAACCAACCGGAAUCGCAAAACCCCGAGCUAACGCUGGCGCAAAAGUUGGUGCGAGCGUCCCGGAACACACCUUCACAGGGUGCAUCGUCCGGCUCUGCAGGGUCCUCCGGAAACACCGGCUCGGGAAAAGAGUUCAAAAUACGGCAGGCGCACUUGUUGGUGUCAGCAGUUUCGCAGAAAAAAGUCCCCACUUGGCGCGAAGUGAUCGGCGAUUCGGUGCUCAUCGAAUACAAGCUAAAGUUCGCCGUAAAUUUUUCCUACGACAUAUUCGAUGCCAUCAGCGAAGGUCAGCAGUUCGAGAACAUGGGAUUCUCCCUGGGUUCGGCCAUUAGGACUGCCAUUAUGCGAAAGGAUCAACUGUUCACGGACGUCGAGCAUGUCACCAAAAUGGUGAACGAUUAUAACGAUUUGGUACUGCAACUUUCCGCUCCGGAGAUUCAUUUUCUGCGCGGUCACCUGUACGAAGUUGAGACCAUUAUUCAAGCCGGAUUAGGCCGAUUCACCUGGCAGUCGUUCAACAUACAAGCUUACUGCGAACGAUGCCAACAGUUCAUGAAAACUUUAGCAUCGAUAGUGGUCCAAAUUAGCCACAUAAGCAGUGACAUGAAAUCACGAAUCCAUAAAGUGGAAUCGUUUGCGAUGUUUGAGUUCGAUGAGGCAGUCGAUAAAAUCGGCAGGGAAAAGCGCCCGGGCUUGGCUGAAAUGGUUCUUAAAACCUCAAGUCGAUCAAAGGAUCAUCCAACCCAUCACCAUCACCACCACUCGCGUCACGCUGUCGCUGGUGCUGAAAAAGCGGAAGACGAUCCCAGCGAGCCUGAUGACGGUGCAGUACGGACCGCUAUUAAGCCGAAGAAACCGAAAAGAGUUUCCAUCUUGGAGAUGCCACGAGAUGACAAAAUUAAACCUUGCCGAGAGUAUUUUGCUGCUCUGGAGUUAGAGCGGAGCGCCAAAACAACCAAACUGACAAAACUUUAUGACUCCAUUGGUCCUAUUUUAAUAAAGUUGGAAAGUUUAGUGCUUGGAACGUACACCGGCGAUUGCUAUGAGAUGCGGUACUACUACAACUACUGGGAAAAGCAGAUUUUUGCCUGUUUCACAAGAUUUGUAACCGUCAACCUGGAGAAGUUUAUGCAGUCCCUGCAGCAGGAACAACCCCUGUUUGAGGUAGAUGCCAUCCUUGCGGUACCGGAGAUUGUGAUGAAACCGACAGCAGCAGAAGUUUACUCCAUUGCCAUCAGCUCGAUUACCGACUUUCUGAAAAGACUGAAAUCGUUCCGCCGCUGGAUGGCUGAGACUUGCCUGCCCUGCCAAAAUGAUGCGAGUAAAGACGAAACGUUUACCUUCACAUUUUUCGAGGACGUCGUUCAGAUUCCGAAAGUUUGCGAUCUUGUUAUAAACUUGCAGGAAACUAUUCAGAAUUUAGUGGCCGAUGUUCUGACGUAUUUAAAAUGGUGGCAGAAGUACAAAAAUCUCUGGAUGUACGAAAAGAUGAGCGUUUGCGAGAAGUAUCUCGCGCAAAACCUGCCCCUUGCCCGAUUGGAUGAGAAGUUCAUCUUCUACACCCAGAUUGUAAACGACUUGGAGCGACAUCGGUCCUACCACGAUAUCAAAUCGAUUCGGAUUAACUUGCAGCCGUUAAUCAAGAGCAUAAUCGAUCACGCCGUCGAGUGGCGGAAUACGCUGGGUAAAAUUCUCUCCGACCGAACCCGACAGCAAAUGAUUGAGUUGAUUGACCAUAUGCAGCGCCUUCGGACAGAACUGGAUCGUAACGUGAAGGAGCUAUCGCACUUUAAGAGUGUUAUGCAGACUAUCAACACAAUACAAACUACGACACUAACGGUGGAGCUGAAAAUUCACGAAAUGCAGGAGAUAUACAACGUCUUGCAGGAACAUCGGAUUAAGGUCCCUUUUGGUGACAUGCUGAUGGCGUACCAGCUAGAGAAACGGUGGCGAAAAUUAUUCAAUUCAGCGCUAUACCGAGCAAACAUGCUGCAAUCAACGAAGACAAAGUUUGCCGAGAUGACACAAACCGAGAUCAGUAUAUUCUGCUUUGAAUUGAACAAAUUUGUCCAACGUUACAAGUGCGAAGGUCCAGGAACAGUCGGAUUAGAUCUGGACCGGGGAGCGCAACUGAUGGUUAGCUACGGGAAGGAGCUCGAUGCUAUGGAGAAACAACGCGUCGAAUUGGAGAACGCGGAAAAACUCUUCGACAUCCCAUUAACGGAUUACAAUGAAUUUGUGCUGUGUAAACACGAGUACGAAGAAAUGCAAGAGGUCUACAAGAUGUAUCUUAAGCAAAAGGUUGCUCGUGAGAAGUGGUCCAGAACGCUGUGGGCCAACCUAAAUCCACAAGCGCUACUUGACGGAAUUGACGGUUUCAUGAAAGAGUACCGAAAAUUACCCCGUUCGGUUCGCCAAACUCCGGUCGGACAGGCCCUGGAUACCAAGAUGAAACAAUUCAAGUCGUCAAUUCCGCUGAUGUUGAGUCUGAAAGAUGAAGCCCUCCGCGAACGCCACUGGCGGCUGCUAAUGGACAAAACCGGUCAGCACUUCGACAUGGCGCCCGACCAAUUUACGCUGGGAAAUAUGUUCGCCAUGGAACUACACAAGUAUCAGGACAUCGCGGAAGAAAUCAUAAAUAAUGCCAUCAAGGAGCUGUCGAUCGAAAGGGGCGUCCAAGAGGUGGCGGAUAUCUGGCGGGUGAUGUCUUUCACCAUAGUACCGUACGAAAGCCGCGCCGAAGACGAACACGGGAGGUUCAUCCUCGGCGGUGUGGACGACAUAAUGCAAACGUUGGAGGAAAACUCAAUGAAUCUCCAAUCGAUGGCGGCUUCACAAUUUAUCGGCCCAUUCAUGCCGACGGUACAGCGGUGGGAGAAGCACUUGACGCUGAUCUCCGAAAUCAUUGAUGAGUGGCUUGCCGUCCAGCGGAAAUGGCUAUACCUGGAGGGAAUAUUUAUUGGCGGCGAUAUAAGCGCCCAAUUACCGGAAGAGGCGGAAAAAUUUAACAAGAUCGACGAGGAGUUCCAAAAGAUAAUGGCCGCCAGCUUCGCAAAUCCGCUUGUGGUGGAUGUUUGCCUGGUACCUGGGCGGCUUGAAGAUUUCCUGCGACUCGGAGCUGACUUGGACGGAUGUCAGAAGUCGUUAAACGAUUAUCUGGAGCACAAGAGAAUGCUGUUCCCGAGGUUCUACUUCAUCUCGACGGAGGAACUCCUUUCCAUCCUCGGCAGUAGUGAACCCACGUGCGUUCAGGAGCACAUUAUCAAGAUGUUCGAUAACAUAAAAUCUUUACGAUUCGCUAAAGAUCGUUCCGACACACCGAUUGUCACCGCCAUGAUAUCCGCCGAGGGGGAAGUUAUGGAUUUUCAGCAGCAUGUAACGGUUCAAGAGCGCGUUGAAAACUGGAUGACCGAUGUUUUGAACGAAAUGCGAUCAACGAAUCGUUUCUUGACCAAAAAAGCCAUCUACGUCUAUGGCAAGGAUCGAGAACUUAGUAGGCCCGACUGGAUCAUGCUUCACCAGGGAAUGGUUUGCUUGGCUGCCAACCAAGUCUGGUGGACCGCAGAAGUGGAAGAGGUAUUCGCCAAGGUUAAAAAGGGCAACAAGCGCGCAAUGAAGGAAUAUUUGGAAGCUCGAAACCGUCAGCUGGACGAUUUAGUUGUGAAAGUCCGAGCUAAUCUUUCUCCUAAUGAUCGUCUGAAGUUUAAGACAAUUGCCACUAUUGACGUCCAUGCCAGGGAUAUUAUCGAAGGAUUUGUUCGAGACAGCAUCCUUGACGGUCAGGAGUUUGGCUGGGAAAGCCAAUUAAGAUUCUACUGGCUCCGAGAUAUGGACAACCUGUUCGUAGUUCAAUGCACAGGGAAAUUCGAUUACGGCUACGAAUAUAUGGGACUGAAUGGACGACUUGUGAUUACUCCGCUAACGGAUCGAAUCUAUUUGACAAUCACGCAAGCGUUAACUAUGAAGCUUGGGGCCGCACCGGCUGGGCCCGCUGGAACUGGGAAAACGGAAACCACGAAGGAUUUAGCAAAAGCGAUGGCUUUACUGUGCGUCGUCACCAACUGCGGUGAGGGGAUGGAUUUUCGUGCCGUCGGGACAGUGUUAUCAGGAUUAUCGCAAUGUGGCGCAUGGGGUUGCUUCGACGAGUUUAAUCGGAUCGACAUUUCGGUGCUGAGUGUCAUUUCGACACAGCUGCAAACUAUUCGAAGUGCGUUGGUUGCCAACCAAAAGACUUUCCUGUUCGAGGGCUACGAGAUCAAUUUGGACGCCAAGGUGGGUAUUUUCAUAACGAUGAAUCCCGGCUAUGCUGGCCGAACCGAGCUCCCGGAAUCAGUCAAGGCUCUUUUCCGACCGGUUACUUGUAUUAUGCCGGAUUUGGAGCUGAUUUGCCUAAUAUCACUGUUUUCGGACGGUUUCAUGCGAGCCAAGGUGUUGGCGAAAAAAAUGACGGUUCUUUACAAGCUGGCAAAGGAACAACUUUCCAAACAAUACCAUUAUGAUUGGGGCCUCCGAUCGUUAAAUGCGGUUCUGCGAAUGGCCGGUGUUAACAAACGUAAGAGCCCCGAUAUUUCCGAAACCGCCACUCUGAUGCGAACUCUGUUCGAUAUGAAUUUUCCGAAAUUUGUGUUCGACGAUGUGCCUCUGUUUAUGGGAUUAAUGAAGGAUCUAUUCCCUGGUGUCGAUUAUCCUCGCGUCGGCUAUCCCGAGUUCACUGCAGAAGUGAGAAACGUUCUCGAAUCCGAUGGCUACAUCAUUCUGCAGAAUCAGGUAGACAAAGUAAUACAAUUAUACGAAACAAUGAUGACACGUCACUCAACCAUGAUUGUCGGUCCAACAAGUGGUGGAAAAACGGUUGUAAUAAAUACACUGAUAAAAGCGCAGACCAAUAUGGGCUUGCCAACCAAAUGCACCGUCCUGAACCCAAAGGCCUGCUCGGUGGUGGAGCUGUACGGCUAUCUGGACCCGAAUACUCGAGAUUGGAUUGAUGGAUUGUUCUCCAAUAUUUAUCGCGAAAUGAACCGACCAGCCGAACGAGAUGAACGACGCUACGUGUGCUUCGACGGUGACGUCGAUGCACUGUGGAUCGAAAACAUGAACUCCGUGAUGGACGACAACAAGCUUCUGACGCUUGCCAACGGUGAGCGAAUUCGGCUCAACAGCUACUGCGCACUGCUAUUCGAAGUCGGAGACCUUGCCUAUGCCUCACCGGCUACGGUAUCUCGCGCAGGAAUGGUCUAUUUGGAUCCGAAAAAUCUCGGCUAUCUGUGCUACUGGGAACGCUGGUUACGGGGUCGCUAUGCGCAAGAACUGGAAAUACUUGGUCGAACGUUUGACAAAAUCGUACCCAUUGCAAUCGAUUACAUUCUGGAAGGGGUGGAUGGAAACAACCAGGAUGAUCCGCUGAAGCUUGUGGUUCCCCAGACCAAUCUAAAUAUGGUGACUCAGUUGUGCUACGUCUACGAUGCAAUGUUUCCGAAGAGUUCAGUCAACUGUCCUUACGACGUAGAUGUGGUGGAAUGUGGAUUCAUUCAAUGCCUAUACUCAUCAUUAGGGGCUGCCCUGUUGGAGGAGUCGCGUCCCAAGUUUGAUACUUUUGUCAAACAGAAUCUCGAGAUGAUCUCAAUCGAAGACAGCCCGACUGCUUCCGCCAAAGCUGGUCAACUUCCAUCACUGAAACCAACGCUCUACGAUUACUUUUUUGAUCAGAAAAAACAAGCGUGGAUUGCAUGGGAGUGGAUAGUACCGCAGUAUAUUCACAAUCGUGAAACAACUUUUAGUGAAAUUUUGGUUCCGACAGUGGAAACACUUCAAGCGGAGUGGAUUCUCAAAUCUAUGAAUGAUAUUCGACAUCCAAUCUUGCUGGUGGGCGAUACUGGAACCUCCAAGACAGCCGUGAUUUCAGAUUUUCUACGGCAUCUUAGUCGGGACACAUAUAUCAUCCUGAACAUAAACUUCUCCUCGAGAACAUCCUCAAUGGACGUGCAGAAAACUAUUGAGGCGGCAGUGGAUAAACGAACAAAAGAUAUUUUCGGACCUCCGGUUGGCAAAAAGCUUGUGACAUUCAUCGAUGACAUGAACAUGCCACAGGUAGAUGAAUACGGUACGCAACAGCCGAUAGCAUUGCUCAAAUUGUUGUUCGAGCGCGAGGGUAUGUAUGACCGCAGUAAGGAUCUUAAUUGGAAGAAGUUCCGUGAUAUGUCCUUCGUUGCUGCAAUGGGUUGCGCGGGUGGCGGGCGUAACAACGUCGACCCACGCUUCAUAUCGAUGUUUUCAGUUUGUAACAUUGUUUUUCCUGGCGAUGAAACGUUGCUGCACAUAUACAGUUCAAUUCUGGCGGGUCAUCUUGAGGUAUUUCCGGAGGAGCUUCGCUCAGCGGCUGGCAUUAUUGUCCGCAUGACGUUAAACUUGUUCAAAGUUCUGGUAGUAAAACUACCUCCGACGCCCUCUAAAUUCCACUACAUAUUCAAUCUAAAAGACCUUUCAAGAAUCUACGCAGGUAUGCUACAGAUUGACCCGACAUACUUCAAAGAGUUCAAACAUGUCGUUCGGUUGUGGCGCAACGAGUUUACACGGGUCAUUUGUGACCGGUUGAUCAACGCACAGGACCAACAGCUGAUGGCAGAUCAUAUCGCUGAAGAAAUUCGUGAAAAUUUUCCUCCGCCAAAACCGAUUGGACGAAAGACCAUAAUGUUGGAGAGAGUUGACAAUGCGCAAAGCAACUCGAAACUACAGAUUCAGGAAGUGGCUCUGGCCGAGCAUGCAUUGCGAGAUCCACUUCUGUUUGGCGACUACCGAAAUGCGGUCAAUCUGGCUGAAGCGCGGUUCUACGAGGAUUUGCUGGAUUUUGAAGCAAUUUACUUCCUGUUUCAGGAGAUAUUGCUGGAGUACAACGAACAGAAAACUAAAAUGAAUUUGGUGCUAUUUGAAGAUUGUCUUGAGCAUCUCACACGGGUUCAUAGAGCGCUACGAAUGGAUCGUGGUCAUGUUAUGUUGGUUGGUGUUGGUGGAUCUGGAAAACAGUCCAUCGCGAAAUUAGCUGCUUUCACUGCGGAAUGCCAGGUCUUUCAAAUCGUGCUGAGUCGGGGCUACAAUGAAUCGUCUUUCCGGGAAGAUUUAAAGCAACUGUUUAUCGAAGUUGGCGUCAAAAACCAAAGAACCUGCUUUAUCUUCAGAGCAGCCCAGAUUGCGGAAGAAGGAUUUUUGGAGUUCAUAAAUAAUAUUUUAACUACUGGAAUGGUGCCAGCGUUGUUUACCGACGAGGAGAAGGAUACGAUAAUUGGCCAGUGCCGUGGAGCCGCAAAGGAGCACGGCUUCGCCAUCACUAAGGAUGGCGUCUGGUCGUACUUCUUGGACCGAUCGGUGAAAAAUCUGCACGUCAUUCUUUGUAUGUCACCGGAGGGGGACGCUCUUCGGAAUCGGUGUCGUAAUUUUCCGGGACUGGUUGGCAGCACUACCAUCGAUUGGGUAUUCCCCUGGCCCGAGCAGGCGCUGUAUGCGGUUGCGAAGGUGUUCCUAGCCGAUCACGUUAAGAUUCCAGACGUUCAUCGAGAGCCAAUAAUCUCACACAUAGUUCACGUUCAUCAAUCACUCAAACAUUACACUCAGCAGUUUCUACUGAAGCUGCGUAGGAAGAAUUUUGUUACUCCAAAGCAUUACUUGGAUUAUAUUAACACCUAUCUGAAGCUGAUUGAGGAGAAAGAUAAUUUCAUCAUGCAACAGUGCUCCCGAUUAUCGGAUGGCAUCGAGAAAAUUAAUGAAGCCUCCCUGCAGAUCGACCAGUUGAGCAUCAUCGUAGAGGAGCAGCGAAAGAACGUCGUCGAGGCGGCCCUGAGAUGCGAGCAAAUGCUGGUUGGAAUCGAAACAUCCACCGAGAAAGCCAAUUCCAAAAAAGUCGAAGCUUCGGAAAAAUCUGUUGAAGUGGAGCAGCAGAAGAAGAUUAUAACCGUUGAGAAGGCGGAGGCUGAGGAGGCGCUUGCCGCUGCCCUGCCGGCACUGGAAGUGGCUCGACUCGCGCUUUCUGAUCUUGACAAAUCCGACAUCACAGAGAUUCGCAGCUUCGCUACCCCACCGGAGCCGGUGCAGGUGGUUUGCGAGUGUGUAGCCAUCAUCAAGGGUUUUAAGGAGAUUUCCUGGAAAACUGCUAAGGGUAUGAUGUCCGAAGGAAACUUUCUGCGCAGUUUGCAGGAGCUAGAUUGUGACCAAAUCACGCAAAAACAGGUGGCUAAUGUGCGAGCUCACAUGAAGAAAUCUCAAAAGUUGGACGAUAUGAAAACCAUUUCCAAAGCCGGUUUUGGAUUGCUAAAAUUUGUACGCGCCGUGCUCGGUUAUUGCGAUGUCUACCGUGAGGUAAAACCGAAGAAAGAUCGGGUAGCAUUUCUGGAAGCCGAGCUGGACAGUCAAAUUCGGCUUUUGAACAAACUAACCAAAGAAAUUAACAAGCUUGAGAGCGAGUUAAAUGAGCUUAACAAUCAGUAUGCAGCAGCGAUUAAAGAAAAACAAAUGCUUCAGGAAAUGAUGGAACAAGCGGAACGGAGGCUACUCGCAGCGGAUAAGCUCAUUUCUGGGCUAAGCUCCGAAAGAGACAGAUGGAAAAUUGAUUUGAUAAAUUUACAGCAAGAGAAAACUAAGGUGGUGGGAACCUAUCUACUAUCGGCUUCUUUUCUUGCCUAUACAGGGCCCUUCUCGUGGGAGUUUCGUAAUUCUAUUCUGUUUGACGAUUGGCUUCAGGACGUGCAGGAAAGAGACAUUCCUUACCUUGAACCCUUCCGUAUUUACUCCAGUCUCAGCAGUGAUUUGGAAAUGGCAACCUGGGCUUCCGAAGGGCUUCCUCCCGAUGAACUGUCUGUCCAGAAUGGCAUACUGACAACUCGCGCGUCCCGGUUUCCGUUGUGCAUCGAUCCACAGCAGCAAGCACUGAUGUGGAUCAAAAAGCGUGAAGCGUCGAAUAAUCUAAAAAUAUUGAACUUUAACGAGAAGGACUUCCUGAAGCAUUUGGAAAUGGCUAUAAAAUAUGGAAAUCCCGUACUGUUCCAGGAUGUGGAUGACUACAUCGAUCCUGUGAUCGAUAACAUUCUGGAAAAGAACAUCAAAAGUCAAGGCGGUCGACAAUUUGUAUUGUUGGGUGAUAAAGAAGUAGACGUAGACUCCAACUUCCGUUUGUAUCUAACAACCAAACUGACGAAUCCAAACUUCGAUCCAGCCGUGUACGCCAAAGCACUAAUCAUCAACUACAUGGUGACGAUGAGCGGACUUGAGGACCAACUGCUAAGCGUUGUUGUUCGUGCCGAACGUCCUGACCUUGAAGAACGACGUGAAUGUCUGAUCGCCGAAACUAGUGCAAAUAAAGUGCUGCUGAAAAACUUGGAAGACUCCCUGCUUCGGGAGCUGGCAACCUCAACCGGCAACAUGCUGGACAACAUCGAACUGGUGAAUACGUUGGAGAACACCAAGGAGAAAGCGAGUGAUGUGUCACAGAAGAUAAAACUCGCAGAAGAGACUUCCGUUGACAUUGAACAGCUUCGCAACGGAUAUCGGUUGGCUGCGCAACGUGGAGCGAUUUUGUACUUUGUGCUCUCGGAGAUGUCUGUCGUGAACCCAAUGUAUCAGUAUUCUCUCAGCUCAUACCUGGAAGUGUUUGUAUAUUCCCUGCGAAAAGCCGUUCCGGAUAACAUCCUUGCGAGACGGUUGGAUAAUAUAAUCGUAACGUUGACGCGCAACGUUUACGAAUACGGCUGCAUUGGGUUUUUCGAGAGGCACAAACUGUUGUUCAGCUUCCAGUUGACGGUAAAGUUGGAGCAAAGCUGCGGUCGGCUCACCCAAGCAGAAGUGGAUUUCUUCAUCAAGGGAAAUAUCUCGCUGGAAAAAUCAGAACGAGCUUGUCCGGCGCGCUGGAUCGGUGACAAGGGCUGGCAGGAUAUACUGCUGCUUGCGGAUCUCUUUCCGGACAAAUUCGGCGCACUGCCUGGACAUAUCGAGCAAAAUGUUGCUGAGUGGACAAGCUGGUACGACGUAGAUGACACCGAAGGGACUGAUUAUCCCGGAGAUUUCGGCGAAUCCAUGACAGUGUACGACGACCUCAUGCUGAUGCGCUGCCUCCGUGUGGAACGCGUCUAUCGUCUGAUCAACAAAUUCGUCUCCACGGUGAUGGGCGAGGAGUUUAUAACGCCUCCAAUUUUCAGCUUCGAUUCGAUCUUCGAGCAGUCCUCGGCAGUCACACCGGUGGUGUUCAUUCUGAGCCCAGGUUCGGAUCCAACCAACGAUUUGAUGAAGCUAGCCGAUCGGUGUGGCUUUGGUGGAACGAAGUUUCGAUACAUUUCUCUCGGGCAGGGACAGGAGCAAAAGGCACUGUCUUUGCUGAACGUUGCCAUGGAGCAGGGCCUGUGGUUAAUGCUGCUGAAUGGUCACCUCCUGCUGAGUUUCAUCAAGACACUGGAAAAACUGCUCGAUGCAGCCGAAAAGCCCCAUCCGGACUUCCGGCUGUGGAUAACGACCGAGGCCACUGGAUCCUUUCCCAUCGGAAUUCUGCAGAAGUCGCUGAAAGUCGUUACCGAACCGCCAAAUGGGCUAAAGAUGAACCUCCGGGCCACCUUCUUCAAGCUACGACAGCAAACACUUGAUGCGUGCAGCCAUCCGGCAUUCAAGCCAUUAGCAUACGUUCUAGCGUUCUUCCACGCUGUGUUGCAGGAACGAAGAAAAUACGGCAAGCUGGGCUGGAACAUCAGCUACGAUUUUAAUGAGUCUGACUUUAGCGUCUGUCUGCAAAUAAUGGACACCUACCUUACGAAAGCGCUCGGCCUCAACGAUACCCGCCUGCCGUGGAACAGUUUGAAAUAUCUGAUCGGGGAGGUUAUGUACGGUGGUCGGGUAAUUGAUGAUUUCGAUCGGCGUGUCGUCAAAACCUACAUGGAUGAAUAUAUGGGUGAUUUUCUGUUCGACACUUUCCAGCCGUUCCACUUCUACCAGGACCAUUCAGUUGACUACAAGAUCUUCGAAGCGGGCACACGGGAUGAAUUCAUAGCAUCCAUUGACACGCUACCGCUGGCUAACACACCGGAAGUGUUUGGUUUGCACUCGAACGCCGAGAUUGGCUACUACACGACUGCAGUGCGCGAAAUGUGGACCUACUUGAUCGAUCUACAACCGCAAACAGUUCCCUGUAAAAUGAAAAGUACUAAAGUGAUUUGCUCCAUCGGUGCGGAAGCCGGCGGCAUCAGCCGUGACGAGCAAAUCGACAAGGUUGCGGUGGAUAUUCUGAAAAAACUGCCGAAACAAUUCGAAAUAUGGCGCGUGAAAAAACAGUACCAGAUCAACAUCACACCGAUAUGCGUUGUUCUGCUUCAGGAGCUGGAACGCUUCAAUCGACUGUUGAACCGAAUGGAACGUACGCUGCAGCAACUGCGGAAAGCUUUGGCCGGUGAAAUCGGAAUGGAUGCCACCCUGGAUGGUAUCGCCGUUUCAUUGUUUAACGGACAGCUGCCAGACGAUUGGCGCAGUUUGGCACCAGCCACCUGCAAACAACUUGGUGACUGGAUGGAACAUUUACUGAGGAGAAACCAGCAGUAUAAAUAUUGGUCAGUAUCUGGUGAGCCACUGGUGAUGUGGUUGUCGGGACUCCACAUACCGGAAAGUUAUUUUACCGCAUUAGUUCAGGUUGCCUGCCGCAAAAAUAAUUGGCCCCUGGAUCGUUCGACACUAUUCACAUCCGUCACACAAUUUUUGAGAGAAGACGAAAUAGAGGAACGGCCUGAUGCGGGCUGCUACGUGACCGGGCUGUACCUGGAAGGCGCCCGCUGGGAUCCGACCAAUCGCUGCCUAGCACGUUCGACACCGAAGGUACUGGUGGAACCACUGCCGGUGCUAUCCGUGGUCCCGAUCGAGGCACAUCGUCUGAAACUCCAAAACACGUUCCGCACCCCUGUCUACACUACGGCCGAACGACGCAACGCAAUGGGGAUCGGAUUGGUAUUCGAGGCGGAUCUCUUCACCGAGGAGCACACAAGUCACUGGGCCCUGCAGGGCGUUUGUCUGAUCAUGAACACGGAUUGAUGGAUUUCGCUCUCUUUAUUUCAUUUUUUUCAUUAGUUUUAAAACUGUUGAUCGUGUUAAUUUGAAUAAAUGACUAUU